AUUAUUAGACGGGAAUGGGGUAUAAAUAGGUAGGGAGAUGGGGACGCCUGUACAUUAACCGCCAAUUUCCAUCUCCAUUUUCUACUCAUUUGAAACAAAGGCAACACAGAAAAAAGAAAACGCAGAGCAGGAGGCGCGCGCGCGUUCUGCCCUUCCUCUCAUCGGCGUGAAAUUCGCCUCUACCGUCGGCAACGUUUCUUACUACAGCUCCGGAGGUUUCAUCUUUAACAGACCGGUAGAGAUUUGAAUUGGAAAUGGAGGACUACUUGCACUAUAUGAAGACCUUGCGCUCCCAAAUGAACGAUGUGGAAGAUCAGGCGGCGAAGGUCUCAGUGGAAGAACAAACGCAAUUGACGACACUUCACACUUUUGAGAACGAUCUUAGUUAUGCAAAAUCACAAGUAGAUCAAUUCAAUAAGGAUAAUGAAGCAAUGUUGAAGACAAAGGGCGAGAUAUGCUCUAAAAUAUUGGAAAAUCAUAGGAAAAUAUCUUCUUUAGAGUCCGAUUCAUCCACUCUUUCUCAGACUUUGGAGCUUAUUCAACAAGAAAGAAUUAGCGUAUCUGCCAAGCUGACGGAGAAAAGGACUUACUACCUCAAAGUUGCAGAAGACAUAAAUGCUAGAUUACAGGAUCAAAUGGACUCCUUCAAAACUCUCAUGACUGGGAUAGAAACAAGAAAUCUGGGAAUGGUUAUGGAUAAUUUGGAUAAACAAAUGCAUAAAUCUGAAGGGGAGUAUAGCUCUAUCAACCUGCUCAAGGCCGACCAUCUGGAAAAUAGUUCUACAAAAAGUUCAAAUGCCAAGUUGGAAUCAGUUAAGGCCAAGCUUGCAGAAAUAACGGAGAUAAAAUUGAAACUUGUUAUGGAGAACAAAAAGAUGGAACAGGCCAUUGACCUAGUCAAUUGUAGAGCAAUUGAUUGUCAGCCUGAACUGAGGGCAAUGGAUAUAAAGACUCUAGAAGAGGAACACAAUGCUCUUUUAUCUGAUAAAGCAGGAGAGACUGAGUACUUGAAAUCCCUGCGGGAACAAGUUGAAAAACUUAAGGGAAUUUCUCUUGUUGCUAAAUGCUCUUGCGGAGAGGAGUAUAGAGUUCAGACAGACCUAUCUGCAUAACAAAAUGGGAAGCAUGGCUAGAUGAGCUUGGUUGGGUAACUGUUGAAAACAGAAUUUUUGAGGGUAAGCAGAAUUUUUAUAUCAUGUACAUGGCAAUGCUUUCAUAUUAGAAGAAGUUAAACUUGCUACACUAUCGGCGAUGCUCUACAUUGGCCAUUUUUGAACAUAAUUGAUCAAUUUGUUCUGACAAAAUGCUGACAAUGGACUCAAAAGAGCAACAUUAGUAUUGUAUUUCUAAUUUUGCAAGUCAUAACCAUGGCCGUUAUCUGUGAUUAAAACUUGUACAAAUAAAACAAAUGGUUUUCUUAUGAAUGUCUAAUUAAAGAGAUUAGCAAUA